AUUUUACUUGAGAAAUCGAGAUUGAAAAUUUAUAAAUUCAAUUUUUUCCCACAAGUGGAGAGUCGAAAUAAAAAUCACUUGAUCUCCCACGAUGUUUCUCUCUCAUGGUAAAAAUGUUAAGAGAUCUGCAUAUGCUGGUUGACCCCAGUAAUUUUUGCCCUGGGGCCAUCUCAUUAAUCCGAAGGUCGGUACCAGUUUUGGCUAGAAACAAACCUGCACAGCUUCAGUUUCGCCAAAGCUUUCUCGCGCUCAGCAACAGCUCGACCGACGCAUCAGUGGCACAAGAAGUAUCAAUUUUUACAGUUAUUUGUUUGGUUAAUUUUAAUUAAGAAGGAAAAUUCUGGAUGUGGUGCAAAUUUCCUGAGAGAUAAUGUUGGUUCAAAGGCCGGAGUAUUUGUUAUGAGCUUCAAUUACCACAUAUUGACACGUUCAAAAGUUUAAAAUUUGUUAGUUUUUCGAUAAAUAAAGAGAGAAAAUAUGAAAUUAAAAUUGAUUUAUUUUUUUGAAAAAGAGAAGUUUGCAGCAAAAAUAAAAUGGGGCGUAUGAAGUGGGAAUGAAAAAACGUUGAAAAAAUUUGAGAGAAGUAAAUUGAAGCUGCGAGAGUCAAAAAGUUUGUCAACUCGGGAAUUAUCGCAAAAUCUGCAGAUUUUCAUCUUCGUUUGGCGAUUUUUUUUCACAAAAAAAUUGCUCUUUAAUGUACCUUUAAAUGUAUUUGAAAAAUUCAUGCCUGGAAAGAUGUAAAUUUGUUCCGUCUAUGUAUUUUUGAUGUAUUUUUCUCUCUCUUGUUAUCAAUGCAAUUUAUAGUAUUGAAUGUAUGGAUGAUGUAUUUGGGCAGAGAUAAUGCCCGGUGAUACAUUUGUAAACACAACUUGAAACUAAAUUUGUUAAAUGAAUUUUGCAGGCAAAAUUCGCAAAAGCCAAAUUUGAAAAUGGAAAUUGAAACUUGGAUUUGGAUUUUCGCCGUCUGCACUUUUUCAGCUUCUGCCCAGACUGAAGAGGAAAAAAUAGAGAAAAUUAACUCGACCGACUGCUGGAAUUAUGGAAAAAAUCGAUCAAUUUUUGAAUCUCCAGGCGUUCAAAAUUUCAAUGACUGCGGUCGAUGGAACCAAAGGGGAAUCCCUCCGUGGAUUGUUUUCCUCAGAACGGGUGGUGUCUUCUUGGGUUAUGGAGUUCUCUUGUAUCAGACAAAACAAUCAUCUCUGACUAUGGGUACUAUUUACACGACGCGCAUAAAGAAGGGAAAGAAAUCAAAAUUUAUGCCGGCAAAUGUGAAGACGAAAAUGAUGAACAGAAUUGCUUCGGGAAAAGAGGUUUAUCGCAGAAUAAAAAGGUUUUGAACAUAAAGAAGCUGGAAUUGAAGCACGGCAGAUUUUAUUCCGAGAUGUUCUUUGUUUGGCAAAUUGAAAAAUUGGAUUUGACACCGAAUUUGCAGCCUGCCUGUUUAUGGAAUUGGGACAACACGAACGACGAACUCGAAAAUUAUUAUGCUUCCGAUUAUGAACAAGGAAGAAGAAAAUUAGAUUUCCUGCCGGAGCAAAGGUGUUAUGGUGAAGAAAGGAUUGAAAAAAGGGAAUGCGACCUCUACGGGAAUGCAAUCUGCACAUCAUUUGAUUUAUCAAAAUAUUUAUUUAUUGAGCGAGAAAAACGAUUUUAUCUACGCGCAAUGAGGGCCGCCGAUUCUGGGUCCGCUACAACAUGGCUGGAUUUGUUGCCGUUUUUGAAUGAAAUCACCUCAGCGUCCGUCGAUUUGGCUUCGAUGCCAAAAAUCCCCAAAGCAAAAUCCAAAAAAGAUUUUGGAUCAAACCAGAGUUUUGCAAACUGCGGACGACGAUCGGGCGAACGUCGCCGAAAAAGAGAAGCCGAAAAGGCGCUUGCGUUGGUCACAAAUGGCGAGAACACGGUCAGAGGUCAACACCCUUGGCACGCGAGUCUUUCCAGGGAAACGGAAACAGAGCGUGUGGCAGAUUCUUGCGGCGCGACACUAAUUUCCAAAAAAGUCCUCGUCACAGCGGCGCAUUGUCUCUUUGACGUCGAUGGAAGUUCUUUGAAUGCGAGACACGUGGACGUGACCCUCGGAAUGCACAAUCGAUCGAAUUUGCAAGAGAAUCGACAGAAGUUUACGGCUGCAAGUCUGGUGAUUCAUCCUGGCUACAACCACAGCAAGGUUGAUUUCAAGGAUGACAUUGCCCUGGUCAUCUUGGCAGAAGAGGUCAAUUUCAAUGAUUUUGUGCGGCCCAUUUGCCUCUGGAACGACGACUACGAUUUGAACAAAAUCGCAAACAAAUCUGUCAUGGUGGUCGGCUGGGGCUUCACUUUGGACCACGAACAGCCUGAAAUCCUUCAAAAGGCGAAACUGAAAGUCGUUUCUUAUGAGGAUUGUUUCGAGAGCAAGAGCAAGUUCUUUUCCAAAUACAUGCGACCGACGGAGAACUUUUGCGCCGGAAUUCCUCAAGCGCAGACAAGUGCUUGCAAAGGGGACAGUGGCGGAGGAUUGACUUUCUACGACCGUGAUGACACCAAACGCCACUUUUUGCGCGGCGUCGUCAGUGCCAGUCCGGGAAAGAGAAUAACUCCGAAUUUCCGAUCGUGCGACCCCGCCCACUACGCCCUCUACACCGACGUCACCAAUUACAUGGAUUGGAUCGUCGAAAACACCCCCGACAUAAAUGUUCAGAUUAUUUCUUAAAUAGAAAUGUCAUUACAAAGUUAAAAAUUUCAAACAAUAUUUUUUGUUAUAACAAAUUAUUAGUUUUGGUGCGAAAAUUUUUGUGAAAAAUCGCCGCUUACGUUUGAUGCGAAAACACUUUUUAAAAGCUUUUCAUUCAUUUCGAUUAAAUUUUCAAUUCAUUACAAGAGUAAAUCGGUUAACAUUGUAAAAAAUACUACACUGAGAAAUUUCCGACAUUUCCACGUUCGCUCUUUCUAAUUGUAAGGAAAUCAUUAAUAAUAAUGAAAAUAAAAAUCCACCUCCUAAGUAAUAUUCUUCACCCACAAUUGCCUCGUAAACUUCAUAUUUGAACACAAACGCAAGUUUUUAAAUUUUGAAUGGAAUUUCCGGAGUGGAAAAUAUAUUUAUAUAUGUACAAGAAUUUAUAUCUUAUUUAAAAGUUAUAGAAUUCGAUGGAAAGAUACAUAUUAUGAGAACAAAUAUUAAGUAAAAUAAUUCUAACCUUUCCCUCAAUUUUUU